AUGAAUGGACGACCUUCUGGCUCGAAUACCAGCAGUCUGCAGAACUGGCUGCGCAGCGAGCUUGUAGACUAUUCGAACCGGGAUCUUGCAUUUGCUCAUAUUGAGACGGCACUCAAUGCGUACCACCUGUUGAAACCGAAGAGAGAAUCGUUCAUUUAUGACGAUGGCCGUUCCCACCAUCUCCUAUCGCUUGCUGGUCUACUGCAAAUAUCAUACCGAGGCGCAUCGUACAAUAUACCAAUAGCGGUCUGGAUACCCUUCGAUUAUCCGAACGAGCCACCAAUGGCGUUUGUAGUACCAACGAAGGAUAUGGUAGUGAAAGCUGGGAAAGACUUAGAUCCAAGUGGGAAAUGGUCGGGUGAAUACCUCAAGAGUUGGGGGAGAAAGGGCGAGACGUGUAACUUACGCACAUUACUCGAAGCCAUGACCGAUGUCUUCAGCCGUGAACCGCCUCUAUACCGGAAGACGAAGGAGGAACGAACAUCCCAAGGGCCAACACCCUCGGUGCCGUCUGCUGCUCCAGCACGACCGAUGUCAGGUGCCUCCUACACAGGAGGACCAGGAGACAGACCCCCGAUGCCGCCUCCCCGGCCUCCGCCACCGGGUAGUGUGGAUGCCAGGGCUGGUAGCCCAGGCUGGGCAUCCCCUUUGCGUAGCCGGCCACCACCACCUCUUCCACCGCCUAACGGAACACAUAUCCAUCCCCCAUCUGGACGGCCACUCUCUGUGGGUUCACCCCCCGUUCCCCCGCACCCCCCACACCAGCCGCACCCCUACGCACAUGUCGCGCGCACCUCUCUCCGUCCGCAAGGGACACCUCCAACACCAUAUUCUCCUAGACCCGUCAGUGGUCAGCCCGGCUCGCCGCCUCAGGUGCCACCGCAUCCGGGGCAAGCACCGACGUUCGUGCAGCCACAGCAGGGACCGCCGCCGCCUUUCUCUCCUGGACAUGCCCCAGUUUCCCAACCUUUUUCACCUGCUCAACCACAGCCCCAGCCUCAGCCUACACCUUACACCGGUCAGCAACAACCACCUCUGCCUGCUGCUCCCUAUCCCCCACAGCGGACACAGCAGACGCCUGUACCUUACUCUUCUCAGCCUACACAGUAUUCGGUUGGGCAGCCCAUUCAUUUGCCACCAGGUCAACCGGGUCAACCACCCCAGACACAACCGAACCAACCACCCCAGCUGCCGCCGCAGCCUGCACACGUUCGGUCUGCGUCUUGGGCACCCUCUAGUGCAUCAAUACCUCAGCAACCGCAACCCACUUACGCACCACCACCAGCAAUUCCUAUGCCGCCUCGGCAGCCAUCGGUCUAUCCCUCGCUCCCCGCGUCUGUCGCCGCGGUGCAGCAACCCCAGCCCCGCCCGCGGAUUCCUCAACCUGACUUUCUCUCUUCGGACGACCCUGACCCAUCCCCGCGCUCCGCGUCCCCACCACCACCACCUCUUCCACCGAACCCCCAUCUGGUCCAGCUUCAUGUCACUCUCCUCCCUCUUGUGCAGCAGAGGCUACAGCAACACCUCGCCGCCGCGUCUGCAGAGAUGGAUCGGCUGCAAAAGUUGCGGAGCGAGCUAGAGCAAGGGCCAGCAAGGAUACAGGAUGAGAUGGCGCGUUUGGCCGCGGUGCGGGACGUGUGCUUGGGAGUGGUGGCGAGGUUGGAGGGCGUCGUCAGGGAGGCAGAAGGACGGUUGGCGGAUGUGAAGGCGAGGGGCGAGCCAGGAGUGGACGAGAUUGUGUGUGCAGACACAAUUGUUGGGAAUCAGCUUAUCGAUCUGGUCGCAGAGGACAAUGCGAUCGAGGAUACAAUCUACCACCUGCAUCGGGCGCUCAACUCGGGACGGAUCGAUUUGGACAAAUUUAUCAAGACCACCCGUGCACUGGCCGAAGAACAGUUUAUGAAGCGCGCUUUGGUGGAGAAGAUUCUGAAUGGGUUGCCGAUGGGCUUGUGGAGUGCUUAGUGCGCAGUCAGUGUUGGAG